UUCCUGCAAAAUUUGGGGAAGGUCGACAGAACCGCCGACGACAUAUUCGACGAACACCUGCAGAACUUCACCAGGCAGCAGAAUUCCGCCAAUCGGCUGCAAAAGGAGUUCAACAAUUACAUCAGGUGUGUUCGAGCAGUGCAGGCGGCCUCGAAGACCCUGAUGGACUCCCUGAACGAGAUCUACGAGAGCCAGUGGACGGGCCACGACCUCCUCUACGUGCAGGCACAGAACCUGGACAUGCUCUGGCAGGACUUCACCCACAAGUUGGCCGAUCAAGUCCUGGUGCCCCUCAACACCUACCAGAGCCAGUUUCCGGAGAUGAGGAAAAAGGUGGACAAGAGGGGCCGCAAGCUGGUGGACUACGACGGACAGAGGCACAGCUUCCAGUCUCUUCAGGGCAAUCCGAAGAAGAGGGACGAGCUGAAGGUGUCCCGGGGCAAGGAGCAGCUCGAGGACGCCAAACGGACGUACGAGCAGCUCAACUCCGAACUCCACGACGAGCUUCCGGCCCUGUACGACUCCAGGGUCCUCUUCUUGGUCACGAAUCUGCAGACCCUCUUCGCAGCCGAGCAAGUUUUCCACGCCGAGAGCGCCAAGGUCUACUCCGAGCUCGAGGCGAUAGUCGAUAAGCUGGCCAACGAGAGCCAGAGAGGAUCCUACACCCUGAAGAAGCACUCCGAGCCGCAGUCGCCCAAGUCACCCAACGCCAACUCCUCGCUGAUCAUCAACACCCGACCUGCCCAGAACAACAUCUCAUCAGCUUUGGAUGAUCCCAUGGCGGCUGCUGGAGACACCUCGCCGACCACCCAAUUAAAUGGCAACGCUAAUAGCAAUGCUAACAGCAAUGAUAACUCCCUGAAUAACCAAGACGCCUCCCCGCAAAACGCAGACGCGCCCGUUAAGGGAGUCGAAGAGUUGUACGAUAUCCCAGCUGGCGCAACAACCGACAAUCUGCCUCCUGGUGUUCUCUACAGGGUCAAGGCCACGUACAAGUACAGUCGCGAAGACGUGGACGAGUUGUCCUUCGACGUUGGUGAGAUCAUUCGUGUCGUGGAGUACGACGAUCCUGAAGAACAGGAGGAGGGCUGGCUCAUGGGGGUCAAGGAAGGGACCAACGAGAAGGGGAUGUUCCCGGCGAACUUCACGAAGCCUCUGUGAGGUCCUCCACCGGACAAGUACACUCCAAUGCUCACAGGAACGGCGUAGAUGUAUUUCAAAGGAGGUGGAUCGACGAGAGGAAGAAAUAAGAAGAGGGCAAGUCGGUCCUGGUCUCGAGGAUGGAUUUUUCGUUUCAAACGAGACGAAGAGGCGACGGAUGAAGAUGUGAAAAUAUGAAAAUGUAAAAAGAUGAGAUGGUCACGCUGGAAGGUGCCGCGGUGAAAUCAAUCGGCCCAAAGUGCCUUAUCCCAGCUGUUGUCUGUGCCAACAACCAAGAUUUUUCUUUCUCUUUCUUUUCUCUGCUUGUAAGGUGGGAUUUAUCAUAUCUCAUAUCGAGCAUACGAAUGCGUACACACCUAUACGCGCGAAUAAUCACCCCGAAUAAUCAAAUGAGGUAUUUAAUUAAUUGAAUUAUCGAAUAAUAUAUAUAUGGAUGAUAUACUGUACCCGCAAUAUUACUAUUACGAAGAAUCUAUAUUA